AUGGACGAUUCUUCGCGGACAAAUGUUCUAGUCGACCAAACCUUGCUUGCGCCCAGCGCCGCGCGCCCAGUGGUUCCGCCAGCCCAACCCAGCAAGGAGAUUCGCGAUCAGAGCGGACAGCCCUCCUCUAGCCCGAACUCCGGUCAACCAUCACUUGGGAGUGUGCGCUAUUCGGUGUUUCCUCAACUGCGGCCGUGCCAAACACCCUCAGCCCCUGGGGUGCGGGCAGGCCAGUCGGCAGAUCCACCGCUGAAAACACCCCCGGCAUCUGUUAGCCUGGAAACAUCUGGAAACCGCACGACCUCGCCGAGCGAGGGCCUUGUAUGCCUGCCGGGCGACUCACCGUCUCAAAAGCGAGUUCUUUUGGAGAGUGAUAUUGAUGCCGGUAUCGAUAUCCCUAGCACGAUCUGUGACGGUCGCCCACCGGUCGCUGGUAGUGAUACCGCCCCAAAUGAUGAACAACCGCUCUCGCCACGGCGUCUCCAAGAGUCAUCAUCUUCCACUAUCACUAAAGAGCGCUCUACACAGUCACUCUCUACACAGACCGAAGCUGCUCAUGUUCCGGAACAACAUGCCACCGGCAUACGCCCUUCACCAGCGUUCUGGCCGGCCAAACCGCUGCCGGCUUCUCCAAGACUGUCGCGGACCUCAAGCCAGGACCAGGCGCAGGACAGUGCUGUGUUAUGUACGGAAUGCCGCGAUGAGAAUCAGGCACCUGGUGAUGGCAAAGAAGGGGCUAUCAAGGGGAUCAUUCUUGAUUCCCGAGAUUCGUUGCUUGAGUUAAAGAAGGAAAAGGUUCUGGAAGCUCUGCCCGUUUCCCCAAAGAAGCUUUACAAUCCUGCGCCACGAGUCUAUCCACAUGACAUUCGCGAGGACGGCGGACCGUUCCCGGAAGAUGUCGGACCACAAGACGGCGGACCGUACACCCAGCAACCCGAUGAUACCUCCAACGCCCUGAUGCCCAAACCAAGUACAACUUUAGAGCACACGACAAACAGAUCAACUGUCAGCGGCAUUCUUUCUACGCCGAGAACCGUGGGGAAUAUUCCCCUCGGAAACGAACCGAGCAAAGUUGGCCUCAAGAACAAAAAGCCGGGAGCGGUGGGAUUUCUGUCUCCUUCCCAGCGGUUGCACCGGGCAUCAAUGAUGAGAAGGGACAGGAUUGCUGAAACUGAGCGGCGAAGUCAAGGAAGUACCGAUUCGACAACGAGAUCGAUUAUGACGCCGAGCCCCCAAGUUCCUAGUGUCAAAUCUAUAGAGGAAGGCAGCUGGAAUGCGGCAGAGCUUCACGACAUGAAAUCUGAGAUAGGGUCGCUUGGUGAGGAUGAGGAUAUCAACGACCGAGACGUUCUCAGAGGGCUCAUGAUCAUUUGUGCGGCCUCGGCAGACGCAGAAUUCGACGCUUUGGUUCGAAGCAAGACCGGGUUGCGCUCGCGCCGAUUCCUUGCCGACUUGCAGAGUUUUGAGGGGCUGAAUGGGAUUCAAUAA